UUUUCUUGGCAGACAUCGCAGCGUUGACAUAACGCUGCAAAUUAAACGGAUUACACUCGAAAAAAUACAAGAAACUAAAAUAAAAAAAAAAUAAAUAAUAAAUUAAGCUUCUUAGUUAAAAAAAAAAAAUCACGAAAAAAUGCAACUUCUUACCAGUUUAGUGGCUUUUGGCUUAAUUCUUACGUUUAGUGGCGCGGAGGCUGGUGGGUUACGUCUCCGGCACACCAGCCCCCGUUCGGCCACGCCUCCUGCCCCCAGCACCACGCCCACCACCACGGAAGUGGCCGUCGAGGAGAGUCCCGUCCAAGUAACUGAGUCGCAACAGGAAACGGAAGUGACGACCGGAAAGCAUAAGCGCGGAAUCCUUCACGGCGGCCACGCCCCCUGGCCGGCAAGGACCUAUGCCGCCCACUACGGUUACAGCGUCCAGUUGCCGGGAGGAAGCGCCUUCCUGGCGGCCAUCCCUGGCCACCAUCGUCAUCACGGGCACUUUGUGAAGUACGGCCAUGCUUUGGUGAAGCCUGUGGUGGCUUCCGGAUCCGGUCUGCUGGCCACACCUACUGGACUAGGUGGCGCUGCCGCCCUCUUGCCCACCGCUGGAGCCGUGGCUCCUGCUCUAGCCCCCGCUCUGGCUCCUGCUCUGGCUCCCGCUCUGUCUCCCGCCCUGGCCACCGCCAUACCCGCUGGAAUCGCCACCGCCUUGUCGUCCGGAGUGGCAGCCGCCACUGGAGCAGCUAUUCCCUCAUAUGUCCUGCGUCCUGGCAAUGCCCUGGUCUCCUCCUACAGUGUCAACUAUCCGCACCAGAAGCCGCUGCUCUUCCAGGCUCCAGCUGCCGUGAAACCCGUCCACUUCCACGCUCCGGGUCACGCCCAUGCCCACGCCCAUGUGCACGCCGUUCAGCCCACUUAUGUCCAGGCCUUUGCACCUGCAGCUCCUGCCGUUCCUGUCCAGCCUGUUCAGCCGGUUCAGCCCGUCCAGGCGGUUCAGCCCAUCCCGGUACAGCCUCUUCAGCCCCUCCAGCCUCUCCAGCCGUUGAAUCCCGUGCAACCGCUGCAGCCAGUGCAACCUGUGACCCCCAUUCAGCCCGUGCAACCUCUGCAACCGGUUCAGCCUCUUCAACCCGUCCAGCCCGUGCAACCUCUUCAGCCAGUGCAACCCCUCCAGCCCAUUAACCCUCCCACAGUGACCUUUGGAGUGCCUACUCCCCCAGCUCCGGCUGUCGAUGUGCCAGUGGUGCCUCAGGUGCCCCAGUUUCCACAAUUCCCACAGUUCCCCCAGUUCCCUGGAGUGCCCACCUUUACUUUCCAGCCCGCCCAGCCGGCUCUGCCCGCCCAGCCUGCUCAACCGGCCCAGCCCGCCAUUCCAGCUGCUCCUGAAGCUCCGGAGGUGCCCCAAGUCCCAGCAAUCCCCCAGAUCCCUUCUAUUCCCCAAAUCCCUGCUAUACCCCAAUUCCCAGGCAUUCCCCAGUUCCCAGGCUUUCCCCAGAUUCCACAAUUCCCCCAAGCUCCGGCAGCGCCAUCGGUUCCCUCGGUGCCCGCCUUCCCCAGUGCCCCAAGUCCGCCAACAACCACCCAGUUCUUCCCGGCUGCUCCUCAGCCACCACUGCCCCAGCAACCGCCCACUUUCGUCCAGCCGGAGGCCCAGUUUCCCGGCGGCAUAGUGCCCCUGCCAGGAUCCACACCCGUGCUCCCGGAAUCCGGAACCGGAAUAGCCUCCCCGCAGAUCCCACAGAGUCCGGAGUUGCCGGAACCUGAGCAGCCGGCUCCCGGACCCGCCCGACCCACUCAGCAGCCGUGGAAGCCAGUCUUCUACCAACCGCCCACCGAAUCCUCGGCAGCCACGCCCAACAAUCGUCCUUCCAUCACGCUCCUGCCUCCAUACGGCAGCUCCCCAGCUGAAGGUUACCUGCCCCCCGUCGGCUCCCAGCCGUCUCCACUGAGCUCCAGCAGUGCCGGAGUUGGCAGCCAGGGAGGCAUCUUUGAUCAGCUCACCGAUGCCGAGCUGGAGCACAUCUUCGCCCAGGCCAACUUGGCGCAGCAACAGCACCACCAGAGAAACAAUUACCACCACUACUGAGAGUAGGGUUCGAAACACACUUAGGGAUUUUAUGAAAUUUUUUUUUUAUUUUUUUUUCUCAUCACUUUUGUCAUUUAUUGUUUAUUUUUAUUGUAAAUUAUGUUAUUAAAUAAGUUAUUUAUGAAGAAUACAAAGGUUUCUUAAAAGUUUUCAAGGCGGAAA